UACGCGGCCUGAUAUGUUCAAAUAUACCUGUAAUGUCGAUUUUUUCACAAAUGUUUCUCGCAUUACACGACGUAUCGAAUUGCACGUGGAAUCUUGUUCAAAAAUUUGUCAUUGAUUACGUAGAUUAUUCGAAAUAGAUUACGAUUUGCGGAAACCGCGUUGCUAGAAGGAACCAGAAAAUCCUCGUGCAACGUCGAACAGGCGAGCAUAAUUUCUCCUCAGCAAUAGUCGCGCGCAUGCGCACUUGCGGUGAUGAUCUCUAAAAAGGCGGUAAACCAAAUAUAAAUCGGCGUGCCGGCGGUGUCGCGCAGUUAGUCGCAAAGAGUAAUUCGAAUCGGCUUGAGCCCGUACUUCUACUUCGCGCUACAGAGUAUCGCGGCUAUUGCGCAGUUUUACAAGUAAUUUCGAAGCGUCAAUCAAUUUGCAUUUGACAUUGCCGUCUUUGAUAUCGAUCGUUGGGAACGCGCGUAAUUGCUUGAAUACGGAAAAAGUAGCAUGGCGUUGGUACCGAGGACUAGAUUCGGCGACUGGUGGGACGAAAUGGAUCGUUACCACAAGGACAUAGAGAGGCACUUCGAACGUUUGAUACGAUACCAUGACAAUGUGUGGCGGAUGCCGCCGUUCCCGUCGUUUCGCAGCUUCCGGCCGUGGCGCAGUGUAUUCGACGACCUGGAUCAUCAAGUGGGCGGCAAGACGACGAUCGAGCGUGACGGCGACAAGUACCGGAUGAUCGUGGACGUGCAUCAGUUCGCGCCGGAGGAGAUCACGGUGCGCACCGACAACGAAUACAUCACCAUCGAGGCCAGGCACGCGGAUAAGCCAGAUCGGGACGGCUACGUGUCCAGGGAAUUCAUGCGUCGCUACUUGCUGCCCAAGGGCUACGACAUUAACAAUGUGCAGCCCAGCCUGUCAUCCGAUGGUAUCCUCACCAUCACGGCGCCUAAACUGUGGCCUAAACUAACGUCAAGCGAGCGAAUCUUACCUGUCAAGCGAAGCUACUGGCCAGCCAUUCGCAACAAAUUUUAAAAGCUCUCCCGCAGAAGACAACGUAACAUGUACAGAUGUUUGUAGUAGACAUCCGAGAGAUUUCCUAAAUGCUCUGCUUAACUCUAUCUACCAUAGAUUUGCAAAGAGAUUUAUUUAUCGGUUCACUCGGACAUUUAGCUGCUCUUAGACGUUUCUGCUAAGAGAUGUCUAAAGGUGAUCAGAAACGCUUUUCUGAUUGCCUUUGCGACGUGUUUCAAACACUUGCGUUGCGUUUGGGUUUCCUCACGGAUGUCUAUUAUAAGAGUACAACCGAUCGAUAUAUACCGAUACCGUUAAAUUUCCGCUGAUGUAUAUAUCAUGUAUGUAUUCCAUGUGUAUGUGUAUAUAUAUAUUUAUAUAUAUAUAUAUAUAUAUAUAUAUAUAUAUAUAUACACACACAUACAUACAA